UUAAAUCAUACCAAUGGAGUUCGGAGAGAAGCAAUCUUGUGACGGCUUUACGUUCGAUACAACCUCGAGUUCUAAGAUUGAUUUUCCCUGUGGUGAUCCUGAAUCGAGAAGAAAAGCUGAACACAUUGAGAAGCCGGAGAAAUCGGAGGAAUCAGACGAUCCAUGCGCGAACAUGGUCUCGACCUCAUCUUCUUCAUCCACUAACACAAUGCUGAGUCAAUAUUUCGGUUCCGAAUGUCACAAGCGCGAUCACACUCGCAAAGAGCCGCCCAAUAUUGGAUAUGAGUUGAAUGUGGCCAAAGCCAUUAUGCAACAAUAUAGCACCAUUAGUGGUGAUAAUUUAUUUGACCACUUAGCCGACAUUAUCAAGCGAGUUAUUGACGAACGUCCACCCAACGUAAUAGAUUUCUUCGAGGAAUUUAGUCGCAAUGUGCGUGAACAAAAGUUGCAUUUACCAGAACGAUUUCCACCGGACGGAGUCUUCGAAGAAUCGCGUAUUUAUCGUGUGGCGAAAAAAUUUCUUUUGUCUAUGAAGUUACCUGUACCCGAACCGAACGAGCUGCAGGUCGCUGAUGAAAUGGCCACUGUCGAGGAGUCCAAAUCUGCUAUUUUAGAAGGUUUGAAGCUCGACAUAUUGGAUUUGAGUCGCUUCAUAACCUUUAACGAACGUGUGCAGCAUUUGCAAUUCUUCUGGAAUCAAUGUGGUUUUGGUAUCAAUUCCGAUGAUAUUUUCCAACUCGCUUGUGCCAUGGAUCGUUUGCAGACACAUCCUUCUAUAAUGCAAUGUCGCUUUUGGGGUAUGAUAAAUGGUCUCAAAGCGUCGUAUUACAUUGUAGAAGCUUCAUUAUCCCAUGAAGAAGUGCUAUCGCGCGUCGAUCAAAUGACGGAAGAAUUACAAGAAAAACAUAAGGAUAUGCUGUCGCGAUUAGUGUCGGGCACAAAACCGCUGCCUACAUUUGUUGGACCCGAAUUAACGCCCGGAAAAUUAGGUUGGGAUGAUCAUCCAAUUGAAGAAAUUGAGAAAAUGGUACCGGCGGCUGCACCCAUACCACUGGCUGAGUCUAAAGAAGUUUUCAAUAUACCGCCAGAAACUGUCGGUACCGGUGCAAAUCGAUUUUCAUAUUUUGUAGUGAACUCAGUCUCGGAUGAUUGGAUGGAACUGCCAAUGGUAACACCGUCUCAAAUUAAAGUAUCACGGGAGAUAAAGAAAUUCCUCACGGGCGAUCUUGAAGCUGAAAUUCAAUCGUAUCCCUGCUUUCCAGGGAAAGAGAAACAUUAUCUACGCGCGCUCAUAGCUCGAAUAACAGCUGGUACCUACAUUGCACCCCAUGGCUACUAUAGAACAAUAACCAAGAAAGAGAGACGUCUUUUCGAUGGUAUCGAAGAUGAUGAAGAGGAGGAGGAAGAGGAACCAUCUCUUCUAGGCGAAGACGAGGAGGAUAUUAUUGAUAAUGACAUAAUGCUAUUAAAGAACGAAAAAUAUGUACCAGAAUCCUUAGAGUCACUCACAAACCUUCACAAGUGGUUACAUGUAAGGCCAAAUCUAUUGCGUCAGGGGCGUGUGCUCUGGUAUGAUGAACUGAAAGCACAUAAAACUCGUGAAAAAGAAUUAGAACGUCUGCGGAAACUAUUGCGUAUGGAAGAAAUGGGCGAAGAGGAAGACGAUUUGGACCAGGAAGAAGAGGAGGAAGAGGAAGACAUGGAAGGUGAAGAGCUUUCCGUACCCGAAGAAGGACCGCCCAUACUGCACCCCUGCUCUAAUGAUCUCAGUGAUCAAUUCACUAUGCCAUGGGUGACACGUUUCACCAGUAAGUAUACGAAUCGAAAUGAACGUAUACUCAUCCUCCAAUCCAAUGUCUGGCCGGGUGCUUACACCUUCACCUUUGAAAAGUUGUGUGAGUCAAUAUAUGUGGGUUGGGGUCAUAAGUAUGUCGCGCGUAAUAUGGUAUUGAAACAUCUGCCACCUGUUUUGGAGGAAUAUCCGCAUGGGGAGGAAGACUUCAUCGAGACAACCGAUCCAACACCAGAAGAGGAGGAAGCCUAUCGUUUGAGUUUAAUUAAGAAAGUAAAGAAGGUGGACGAAGAACAUUUGGAUGAAUAUGACGAUGAACUUUCGCCUGAAACAAAUACUGAGGAUGAAGAUGAAGCAUGA